CCAUCUUCAGAUGUCACCCCAGAAGUCUUCUUAACUGCGAUAUUUUCCAAGCUUCUCCAGUUCCGUUCUCUUAUUGUCUUAUAGUUAUUGGUGUUAUCAUGGCCUGGCUGGUCUACACCUCACUGGAGCUCCUCAUCGCCAUGGCAUGCUGCCUGGGGAACGUGCUGGUCGUAUGGGCUGUGUGUUUGAGGCGGACCCUCCGUCAGCCCACCUUCUGUUUCGUGGCGUCUCUGGCCGUGGCUGAUUUUCUGGUGGGGGUGGUGGCAGUGCCACUGGCUGUGCUGGUGGAUGGGUGGGUUCAGAUAACAUUUCAGGCCUGCCUGGCAGUCAGCUGUGUGGUGCUGGUACUGACCCAAGCUUCUGUGCUCUCACUGCUGGCUAUUGCUGUGGACCGAUACCUGCGUGUCUCUAUACCUCUCAGGUACAAAGAGAUAGCCAAUGAGCAGCGUUCAUGGACUGCAGUGGUCGUGUGUUGGUUGGUCUCUUGUCUGCUGGGUUUUACCCCUCUUUUUGGCUGGCAUAAUGGCGAUUCCCUCCCCUCCAAUCUCCAUAAUUCCUCCUAUAUUAACUGCACCUUCUUAGCGGUCAUUUCACUGCCUUAUAUGGUCUACUUCAACUACCUGGGCUGCAUCCUACUUCCCUUGGCAGCCAUGACGCUUCUUUACGCUCUGGUUUUCUACAGUCUACGCAAGCGCCUCCGGAGGGUAGACAAGAUUUCAGCGCCUGGUGAAUCGAAGCUAAGGGCAUUUUUGAUCAAGGAGAAGAGGUUGGCUCGCUCCCUGGCCCUGGUUCUCCUACUGUUUGCAAUAUGUUGGAUGCCUCUGCAUCUCAUGAAUUGUGUACUGCUUUCAAUGGGCCCACAAGGUGUCCCUCAGAUUGCUUUCUAUGCAGGUAUUCUCCUCUCUCACGCCAACUCAGCUCUGAACCCUGUGGUCUAUGCCCUUCGUAUCAGAAAGAUACGAGAGGCUUACCUGGAGAUCUGGAGAGGGUAUGUGCUCUGCUGGAGAGGCCAGGGAGACUUACCAAGUCCCUCAUGGAGAUCCCAGCCAGGAGAACAGAAUGCUGGUCAUUAAAUCACAUUAACCUCUAACACUGGCUUUUCAAUCACUACAUAAGAGAAUAACACAAAUCUGAAUUUUUUUUCCCCCUAAUAAACCUGAACUAUUAACUCUUUCAAACUCUGUAACAAAGUCUGAGAGAAUCUUUGUGUGAUGGUAAAUUGGACAAUAUCACUGAAAAGCUUCAGUCUAUAGGGUGUUUGCGUUGGAGCUAAUUGACUACUUGGGGCUCCACAAGCUACUGAUAUACAAACACUGUAAAAAUUGCUACAAUAAAUAUCUGUUUAGU